ACGUAAAAAAUAUUCUCUCACAACUGUCAAUAAAUAGAUAACAGAUGUUACAUAAAUUAAUUUUGUUAAAAUAAAUUUGUCUCUGACUAUAUAAGUUGACCACAAACUUUUGUGUGUGAAUUUAUCAUGGUUAUAUAAUUGGUAUCAUUAUUUGGUGUGAAUAAACGUGCUUCAGUCUGCUCCAUCAAUAUAUGGUUAUGGUCGAUAUCAGAGAGAUGAAUUAGUUUCUGUCUUUGUUUUGAAAAUGACUUAUUAGUCAUGAAAUUACAAAAAAUGUUCAUUUGAUGACAGCAUUGUUAUGUUUACGAUUUCACACUCAAAUAUUUUAUUUGCAUUUCAAAUUUUUGACAUAUUUUGAAACCACUUUAAAAUGGUAUAUAAUAUUACAUUAGAAAAGAUACUUCAAUGAAAUGACCAAGAUGACGCAGCUAACGCCUUUGUUAAAACAAAAAGUUGACGAGCUUUUCCUGCACUGGUUCUCAGAAGUGGAGACACAAGCACAGCUACGCAAGGACCUUGCUCAUAUUUGCGGCGACACUUUCUCCAUUGAUACCCAUCCUCGACCCUCGUCACCUACAGGCCUAUCACAAAUUGGUAUCAAUAUCAACGCACGACCAAGUUCCCCUCCUAUACCACCAGGUAGUCCUACUGCCACCCCACGUAGUCCAAGAAGACGCACCAAUUCGACUAAAUCUAAACGAGGCUCGAGAAAAAACUUACGUCAAAGUAACUAUAAAGAGAAGCAAGAGAAAAUAUACGCAGGCUGUGCAAAGAAUAUCAAACCGUUUUAUUUCCCUUUUGGUGAGCCAGUCAAUGAAAGUGAUAAUAUGAAGUCUGUGGAGACGGUGUUUGAUGGACUAAAAAAUUCUUCUGCUUCUUUACAAGACUUUAUAAACAUCAUAAAGGCCUGCAAUUAUCCUAUGUACUGGAAACAACCUGUAUUUAACGCUUGUGGAGGAACCAAAGACAAGCCAGUGUCGUUUACAGCUUUUUCGAAGACUUGGUUGAAAAUGCUUUCAACGUACCACGACGAAGCGUCGAAAUUUUUUUAUUUACUCGACAAAGAUAAAAAAGGAUAUUUAGAGUUCGAUGAUUUCGAAAGUUUACUGCAGGACAUUAUAAACACACACCCAGGGUUGCAUUUUUUAGUGGAAGCCCCGGAAUUUCAUUCAAGAUAUAUUAUAACGGUGAUUGCGCGGAUAUUUUACUGCAUCAAUCGUUCGUGGAACGGGCGUAUAACGCUGCCUGAAUUUCGAAGAAGCAAUUUUUUAGCGGUAUUACGUCGUUUGGAAGAAGAAGAGGAUAUCAAUCAGAUUGUGGAAUAUUUUUCUUAUGAACAUUUCUACGUCAUAUAUUGCAAGUUUUGGGAACUGGACACUGAUCAUGAUAUGAUAAUAAACAAACAGGAUUUAUCAAGAUAUUCGAAUGGAGCUUUAUCCGGAAUCAUGUUGGAUCGCUUAUUCACCGGUUGUGUUACCAGGGGAAAUAGUAUCAGUGAAGGCACAAUGUCAUAUGUAGAUUUCACCUGGUUUAUACUCUCUGAGGUAGACAAGACUACGCCUACAGGGAUCGAGUAUUGGUUUCGUUGUAUGGAUUUGGACGGCAAUGGUGUGAUCACGAUGUACGAGAUGCAAUAUUUUUAUGAAGAGCAGAUAAGAAAGAUGGAAGACCUGGGGAUGGAGACUUUAGCUUUUGAAGACUGCUUGUGCCAGAUGUUCGACCUUGUAAAACCGCAAACAGCAAACAUAAUUACUUUGCGAGAUAUUAAACGUUGCAAACUAGCUCCGGUUUAUUUCGACACGUUCUUCAAUCUUGAUAAAUGGUUGGAACACGAGCAGAAGGAUCCGUUUCAAGCUUCUAGGGAUGAUUUAGAGCAGGAACAGAGUGUAUGGGAUCGAUACAUCGCAGAGGAAUACGAACUUCUUGUUGCUGAAGAAGGUGGCGGUCUCGAUGUCGAGUAUGAGGACGAUUUCGAAGGCGAAGAUGACUUGCUGUCAGAUGACGUGCUUCAACCUAUUAAUACGUCGCUUGAUGACCUCGGACCAAGAUGGUCCAUCGUGUCGGCUGUAAACGACGGAGACAGUAACGACGAUGAUGAAACAUUUUAGCUGUUUGCUGGACGUCACGACGGUGUUCAUGCGAUAAUCGAACACUGUGGCAUAGUAUAAUUUUUUUGACAUUAAAAAAUUCGGGAAACCAUUUUGAGGGUUUACUCUUACUUUGGCUGUACUAAUUUUUGCUGAUGUUCAUUUUCGCGCUUUUCUUCAAAUUCGCGAAAUAUUAAAAAAGAGCGCGAUUUUAUUGACACAGAGAUAAUUAGUACCAGUAAUGUAAUUGGUUUUUGUAGAGUUUUUGGUCUAUUUGUAUAUAUCGGAGGUAUUGUAACAGUACGUGUAAAUAUAAAGAUUUUACUUUUGUAUAUAAAUCGAGAAUAUGUUGAAAUAUUUUGAAAAAAUAUAUUUUUUCUAACA